AGCACAUACAAUGCACAGAAGCUCCAGGAUGAGAUCUGGUUGGAUUAAAGGAUUACUUCUGGUUUUAGCCGUAGUUACGGCUCUGGUAUACCUUGGCUCUAUUAAGAGGGAAGUACAUACCCAUUCGGAGAGACUCCAGAGGGCCCACCAUAAUGACUCCAUCAGGGGUCAGGGAAUGCUCAAGAGGAUGGAGAAGAUGGAGGCGGAUAUCAACAGGCUGCUCGGUGUAAUGAAUAAACUCGAAAAGAAGGAACCAGCGCCACAGAUUAUUGCAGAGGUGAAAAAGGAGAGGAAGCUGGUGAGGAAGCUGUAUCCGAACUCGGCUCUGUUCAGCAAGUGGGGUGAUGAGCUGUCAGAGGAGGAGCAGAAGGAGGCCGAGAGCUUGUUUCAGAGAUACGGCUACAACGCCUUCCUCAGUGACAGGCUUCCCCUCAACAGAGAGAUACCUGACACCAGGCCCCUCAGGUGUGCUGAGAAAAAGUACCCAGAGGAUCUGCCAACAGUCAGCGUUGUGUUAAUCUUCCUGGACGAAGCUCUUUCUGUCAUCAAAAGAGCCAUCCGCAGCAUCAUAGACAAGACACCAGCUCGGCUGCUGAAAGAAAUCAUACUGGUGGACGAUCACAGCACUAACGAGGAUUUAAUGGAGAAACUGGAUGAAUACAUCAACUCCAUCAACGAGGAGUAUCCAGGCCUGGUGAAGCAAGUCAGGCACGCUGAGCAGCUCGGCCUCACCCAGGCUCGACUGUCGGGAUGGAAGGCUGCUGUAGGGGACGUGGUCGCCAUCUUGGACGCUCACAUAGAAGUCCACGUGCAAUGGGCAGAGCCAUUGCUGGCACGCAUUAAAGAGGAUCGGACCGUGAUAUUGACACCAGUGUUCGACAACGUCCGAUUUGAUGACUUGACACUGAUUCCCUAUGUGCCCGCUGCGGACGCCUUCGACUGGGCUCUGUGGUGCAUGUAUGAGUCCUUCAGACCUGAGUGGUACGCUUUAAAGGACGAGUCGCUGCCUGGCAAGAGCCCCUCCAUCAUGGGGAUUCUUGUAGCCGAUCGCAAGUUCUUCGGAGAGAUCGGAAGCCUUGACGGUGGAAUGAAAAUAUAUGGUGGUGAAAAUGUGGAGCUUGGCAUCCGGGUGUGGCUAUGUGGAGGAAGCGUAGAAGUUAUACCUUGCUCUAAAAUUGCCCACAUUGAACGAGCCAGAAAGCCUUACCUCCCAGAUUUGAGUGUAACAAUGAAACGUAACGCGUUGAGAGUGGCAGAGGUGUGGCUGGAUGAAUAUAAAUACAAUGUCAACAUUGCCUGGAACCUUCCCUUGGAAAAUCAUGGCAUCGACAUUGGGGAUGUGUCCGAGAGGAAAAAGCUGAGAGAGAGGCUGAAUUGCAAGCCUUUUAAGUGGUAUCUAGAUAAUGUUUACCCCAUGCUGGACCCUCUGCACGACCUGCUAGGUUAUGGAGGGCUGACGAAUGACAUAAAGCCAGAGCUCUGUAUUGACCAAGGCCCAAUGCCAGGGAACACACCCAUUGUGUAUGCCUGCCACCACUACUCACCUCAGCACUGUUAUUAUCGUACGGACGGACAACUUUACAUCGGUGGAAUCAAAUCCCACAAGUACAACAGCAACCGCUGUCUGGUGGACACCGGCACUGGAAUCUACCCGGGACUGUACGAGUGCAAAGUAGCCCAUCAGAAGAAAUUCCACAUGCUGUGGGAUUUUAAACAGAACGGACCUAUCCAGAACAGAGAAACAAAGAGAUGUCUGGAAGUUGCGAUGGGUGAAGACGGCUAUUACAAACUUGUUAUUCAGCAGUGCAGUGGUCAGAGCUGGAAGAUACAAAAUCUCCUCAAAGGCCAUUGAAAGACUGGUGGACAGGACCCAGAAGACAUUGUUGCACAAAAACUGCACCUCAUGUCAGAGAAAGAUCUAGAAUGACUGCUUGUCUUUGGGGUGACUUCACAUUUUGCACUAGAUCACGGAGAGGAAGUGAUAAUUUUUAUUUAAUUAUUAGCUUUUUUUACUUUUAAUUUAUCAUUGUGACACAAAAUAUUGAGUACAAAAAGGUGCUCAUAUUAUUUUCUGCUAGUUUUUGUGUGAAAUUCUGUCACGCUGGAUGACUUUGAAUACUCACCCAGAGCAUCCUAAAUGACUUAUCAAUCACUUUUCUCAUCAGCACGCAAGUUUAAUGUAAAGUUCGUAAAAAACAAAAAUUCAGAAACCCCUGGGAGUUUAACACACCAACCUUCCUUUCUAUAUCAGACAAAACAUCCCUCAGGGUAUGUUAAACUCUUUCCAGCCUAUU